GAGGAUCUUGAUCUGAUGGAAGAUCUCGGUGUGAAUAGCUAUCGCUUCUCUAUAUCAUGGGCUAGAGUACUUCCCAAAGGGAGAUUUGGAAAUGUGAAUAUGGCUGGAAUUAAGCACUACAACAAGCUUAUUGAUGCACUCCUAGAUAAAGGAAUUUCUCCCUUUGCAUCAUUGACUCAUUAUGACAUCCCUCAAGAACUUGAAGAGAGAUAUGGAGCUUGGCUAAGUCCCAAAGUACAAGAAGAUUUCAGAUAUUAUGCAGAUAUCUGUUUCAAAUACUUUGGGGACAGAGUGAAGUACUGGGUUACCUUCAAUGAGCCCAAUGUUGUAGCCAUUCGUGGAUAUAGGUCCGGGAUUUACCCUCCAUCUAGGUGUUCUGCUUCAUUUGGAAAUUGUAGCACUGGAAAUUCAGAGGAGGAGCCUUUUAUAGCUGCCCAUAAUAUGAUACUGUCCCAUGCAGCUGCUGUCAGGACUUAUCGAACUAAAUAUAAGGAAAAACAAGGGGGAAGUAUCGGGAUUGUGAUGAAUGCUAUAUGGUUUGAGCCCUUCACUAACUCCUCAGAGGAUAAGUUAGCAGCUGAGAGAGCUCAAUCUUUCUUCCUGAAUUGGUUCUUGGAUCCAAUUAUAUGUGGAAGAUAUCCUGCAGAGAUGCAACAAAUACUCGGAUCACAGUUGCCAAACUUUCAAAGGCAGGAAGUCAGUGAGAUAAAACUUGGAUUAGACUUUAUCGGCAUAAACCACUAUACUAGUUUCUAUGCUAAAGAUUGCAUAUACUCAACAUGUGAACAAGGGCCAGGAGUGUCAAGGUCAGAGGGUUACUACUUAAGGACAGCAUUUAAGGAUGGUGUUCCCAUUGGUGAAACUACUGCAGUGGACUGGUUAUAUGUACAUCCUCAGGGAAUGUACAAAAUUGUGAUGUAUAUUAAAGAUAGAUACAAUAACACACCAAUGUUCAUCACUGAAAAUGGUUAUGGAGAGCUGAACAAACUGAAUUCAUCUGUCAAAGAUUUCAUUAAAGAUUACAGAAGGGUGGAGUACAUGAAUAGCUACUUGGCUUCAUUGGCUCUAGCAAUACGGAAUGGAGCCAAUGUGAGAGGGUACUUUGCCUGGUCUUUGCUUGACAAUUUUGAGUGGACAUCUGGAUAUACAAUAAGAUUUGGACUUCACCAUGUUGACUUUGCAACCCUUGAAAGAACUCCUAAGCUAUCUGCAGAUUGGUUCAAACAGUUGAUUUCAUACCACAGGAGUCUUUCAAGUAAUGCCUGAGAGGCAAUGCAAUGAGAUCGACUGUAAGCUUAUGGCAUUAUGAUGCAACCCUUCUCCCCUGU